AAGCUAUGUUAGGCCUGCUAGCUCUACUACCUAGUAGCUCGAUAUCAUUUCUAGACACCUAUGUCUUGGAUUACCCCUAACUUGCUAAUUAAAUAUAGACCUUACCUCUAUCCGCUAGACCAUACGUUAGUGCUUAUGCCCCCAACGGCAUAACUGUGAGCGGCCCGUCGCGAUCGCUUGAUCUGCUUACUCGAUCGGGUAACUUGCGCAGUACCGGUUCCAAGACCAUCCCCAUCUUCGGGCCCUAUCACGCCCCACAUUUAUUCUCUUCAGAGGAUGUCGACGAGAUCAUUGGGAGCCUCGAUCUCUCCAUCACCGGCUCUCACCCCAAUCAUAUUCCCAUCUUGUCCAGCACUGGCAGGGAGGUCCAAAGCGGCAAGUUCAGCACUCUCUUACGAGCUGCAGUUGGGCAAAUCCUCUUACAGCCCAUCCGAUGGAGCGAUGUUCUCGAGGAGCUGCAGGUUUACCUUCAGCAUGAGCAGCCUCAGUCAUUCAAGGUUGUUCCAGUUGGAACCAAGGCCGACCAACUGAUCUACACGGCGCUCAAGCAGACGUCUUUGCGCACGCUACUGCCUUCUUCACCAACACAGAGCCAACGACCAGUUGACAACAAUGAUUUCUCUGGCCCCCGAAAGCCUAAGCUCGCUAUUGUCGGCAUGUCAGGGAGAUUCCCUGGAGCCAAUGACAAUGAGGCUUUCUGGGACCUCCUUUACCAAGGUCUAGAUGUCCACAAGCCUGUGCCGGACUUCCACUGGAAUGCCAAGACACACGUUGACCCUACAGGAAAGGGGAAGAACACGAGCGCGACGGCAUUCGGCUGCUGGCUUGAGAGCCCCGCUGAUUUCGAUGCGCGAUUCUUCAACAUCUCGCCUCGGGAAGCGCCUCAAAUCGAUCCGGCACAGAGAAUUGCCUUGAUGACGGCUUAUGAAGCGAUUGAACAAGCUGGAAUUGUUCCUGACGCCACCCCAUCAACACGACGUGACCGUGUCGGUGUCUUCUACGGUGUCACCAGCAUGGACUGGAUGGAGACCAACAGCGCUCAGAAUGUCGAUACAUAUUUCAUCCCCGGAGGCAACCAGGCCUUCAUCCCGGGGCGUAUCAACUAUUUCUUUAAAUUCAGUGGCCCGAGUUUCGCGGUCAACACCGCAUGCUCAUCCAGUCUUGCUGGCAUUCACCUUGCUUGCAAUUCGAUCUGGCGAGGCGAUAUUGAUACCGCCAUCGCCGGUGGUACUAAUGUUUUGACCAACCCCGACAUGACGGCUGGUCUUGACAAAGGUCACUUUCUCUCUCGGACGGGUAACUGCAAAACCUUUGAUGACUCCGCCGAUGGCUACUGCCGCGGAGAGGGAGUCGGGACAAUAAUCAUCAAGCGCCUCGACGACGCUAUCGCGGACAAGGACCCAAUCUUGGGAUUAAUCCUAGGCGCUUACACAAACCACUCGGCCGAGUCUGAGUCUAUUACCCGACCUCACGUUGGAGCUCAGCGAGCAGUUUUCCGAAAGAUCCUCAACCAGGGUGCUGUUGACCCCUAUUCCAUCGGAUAUGUUGAGAUGCACGGGACGGGUACUCAAGCCGGUGACGCUGGAGAGAUGUCCAGUGUUCUAGAGACUUUUGCCCCUCCCCCUGGACAAGUCGUGAAGAGCCGCAGCAGCAGUGAGGCUCUCUACCUCGGAUCAGCCAAGGCAAAUGUGGGCCACGGUGAGGCCGCAUCAGGAAUAUCCAGUCUCAUCAAGGUCUUGUUGAUGAUGAAGAAGAACACCAUUGUGCCACACUGCGGCAUCAAGACCAAGAUCAACCACAGAUUCCCGACUGAUCUUCAGGAACGAAAUGUCAACAUUGCCUUCAAGCCUACUCCUUGGGAGAGGAGCACCGAUGCUUCGAAGCCCCGACGAGUUUUCGUGAACAACUUCAGUGCCGCCGGUGGAAACACCGCGCUGCUGAUUGAGGAUGCACCCCUGGAGACCAAGUCUGUGGAUGUAGCCCCUGACUCACGAAACCACCACCUCGUUGCUGUCUCAGCCAAGAAUGGUGUCUCCCUACAAGGAAACCUCAAGUCGCUGCUUGGAUUCCUGAAGGAGAAUGCGGAUGUUAGCCUCGGUCAACUCUCAUACACCACUACUGCCCGCCGUAUCCACCACCAGCACCGUGUGAUGCUCUCUGGAUCAAGCGCCAGUGAUAUCUCCGCUCAAAUCGAGACAGCCAUCCGAGACCAGGCAGGCAUGACCAGACCCAAGAGCACACCUAAGGUUGUCUUUACCUUCACAGGCCAGGGUGCACAGUAUCCCGGAAUGGCGAAGGAGCUCUACGACAACUUCUCAUUCUUCCGCACCGAGAUGCGCCGAUUGGAUCGCAUCGGGCAGAGCCUCGGAUUCCCGUCUACGAUCCCCGUCAUUGAAUCAAAGGAACUAGACAUCGGCAUUUUCAACCCCACCGCCGUCCAGCUCGCCAGCGUCUGCAUGCAAAUCGCCCUCAGCAAGUUGUGGGCAUCGUGGAACAUCACCCCCGUCGCCGUGGUUGGACACAGCCUCGGUGAAUACGCGGCUCUUAACGCCGCCGGUGUUCUCUCAGACGCAGAUACCAUCUACCUUGUCGGAGCCAGGGCGACCGUGCUCCAGGAGAAGUGCACUAAAGACACCCACUCGAUGUUAGUCGUCAAGGCGUCAGUAGAUGAGAUUGCGAACAUCCUGAGGAGCCGCAAAUACGAGAUUGCUUGCAUCAACUCACCAAUUGAGACGGUGUUGGCUGGUAUCAACGAGGACAUUACCGCGAUCAAGAGCAUUCUUACGGAUGCUGGGUUGAAGACGACAGCACUCAAGGUCCCCUAUGCAUUCCACUCCUCCCAAGUAGAUCCCAUCUUAGAGGAUAUCAAGGCGAUAGCUAGCGGUGUUACUUUCUCCGAGGCCAAGGUCCCUGUGAUCUGCCCCUUGGAUGGCAGCAUCUCUGUUGGCAUUGGUAGCUUUACCCCUGAGUACCUUGCCCGCCACACCCGAGAGCCUGUCAACAUGCACAAGGCCCUACUCACGGCGAACAGCCAUCACAUCCUCGGUGACCAGAGCAUGACGCUGGAGAUUGGCCCCCACCCGGCCAUCACUGGCAUGGUGAAAGCAGUGCUCGGCCAACAGAGCAACGCUCUGGUGUCCCUACAGAGAGGCAGGUCGACGUUCCAAACUCUUACGACUGCGCUCAAGACACUCUUCAACGGGGGCUCAGACAUUCGGUGGACCGCCUAUCACGAAGACUUCCCGGCCUCCCAAAAGGUCAUCCCGCUACCAGCUUACAACUGGGACCUGAAGCCGUACUGGAUGCAGUACGUGAACGACUGGUCGCUGCGCAAGGGAGACCCUCCGUUGGUGAUCAACAACUCCUCGCGCAUUGAGAGCACGACUAUCCACCGGGUCGUCGAGGAAGAGGGCGAUUCUACCAAAGCCCACAUGAUCGUCGAGUCAGAUAUCGGACGGAAGGAUUUCCGCCCCCUGAUUGAAGGCCACGAGGUCGAUGGGGUUCCUCUAUGCACCCCGGCUGUCUACGGUGAUAUCUCGCUCAGCCUGGGCACCUACCUGCUCCAGCGUUACCAGCCGACUCAGGCAGGACUCACGCCGGUUAUUGCGGACAUGACCAUUCUCAAGGCCCUGAUGGUCCGACCCGACCCCUCCGAGCAGCUUCUUCAAGCCCACGCAAAGGCUGACUGGUCAUCGAACUCGGUGGCCAUUAAGUUUUUCACUUUCGAUAGCCAGAAGAGACUCCAAGAGCAUUCAAACUGCGUCAUCCGCUUCACGGACGGAAGCCUCCAGCAGAAGCUCCAGAAGGAAGUCGUCAACGUAAAAGAAAGGAUCCGCGUCCUCCGCGAGGGAAUUGUCACGGGCACCACUGCUCGCUUCAACCGCGCCAUGGUCUACCGUGCCAUCCGACCACUUGCACGCUUCCACGACGACUACAGGGCUGUGGAUGAGAUCGUCAUGGACAGCAAGUCACUAGAGGCGACGAGUCGCCUUGACUUUAGCAAUUUCCACAAGGGCGGCGAUUUCCACACUCACCCCGGCCUCAUGGACGCCCUGACGUGGUGUGCGGGAUUCACGAUGAACUGCAACGACAACAACGAUUUGGACCGCGAUGUCUACGUCAACCACGGCUGGGGCUCGUUCCAGAUGUUCGAGCCAAUGAGCUUUGAGAAGAACUACACGACUUACUCACGCAUGGUGGAGGGUAAGGACCGGUUAUGGCAGGGCGAUGUGAUGAUCUUGGAUGGUGACAAGAUCGUCGCUCACUUUGGAGAUUUCGCUAUGCAAGGUGUCCCCCGCCGUGUGCUGAGGGUCAUCCUAUCUAUCGAAAGCGGCAGCAAGGCCAAGAAACAGCCACUUACCCAAAAGGAGCCGGUCACCCUCCCAACCCUGCCUCAGGCACCUGUUCAUGCGUCAAAGUCCACUAAAGCUUCCGGGGACUCGGUCCCCUCGCCCAAGGUCACCCGAGCUCUAGCUAUCAUUGCCGAAGAGAGCGGCCUCGCCAUCUCUGACUUGACGGACAGCACCAACUUUGGCGACGUGGGCAUUGACUCCCUCUUGGGCCUGACCAUCUCGGCUCGGUUCAAAGAGGACCUCGACCUAGACCUCGACUUCAACGCGCUCUUCUACGAGUGUCCCACCGUUGGAGAUCUCAGGGCCUUCUUGGGAGAUUCCAAAUCGGACAACUCCAGCGAAGCCUCCACGCCAAUGUCGAGCGGCACCUUCACCACCCCGAGUGAUAGUGUGAAUGGCAGCUCAGCUUCUUCUGUCAUAGACGAAGCCCCUGCUCCACUUGGCAACAAGGUGGAUUUCCAGCGCGCUCUCGACAUUAUAUCUGAGGAGAGUGGUCUUGCGGCCGAGGACCUUACCAACGACACCAACUUCGCCGAUGCCGGAGUUGACUCGCUCUUGUCGCUAGUCAUCGUCAGCCGCUUCCGGGACGAGCUCGAGCUGGAUAUCCAGCACGAGUCUCUGUUCCUGGAAUGCCCAACUGUCGGCGACCUAAAGCACUUGCUACUAGGCAGUGCGAGCACCGAGAAACCUGUCGAAGCCAAGCCAGCUUUAGCCCCAGUCUAUUUUUCUCCUCCCCCAGUUCAGGAGAUCAAGGCAGUCCCAGAGCCUACCGAUCCCGCCUUAAUCGCUCGCAAGAAGGCAGUCGACGAACUAGUCGAGAAGUACACCGCCGGCUUCUCGGUCCCCGCCCCUCUCCCCCUCACCACCUCCACCCCGGACAACGAAAAGGUCGUCCUAGUAACCGGCGCAACGGGAUGUCUGGGCGGCCACCUCGUCUUCAAGAUGGCGCACAUGGCCGACGUCAAAACCGUCGUGUGCCUCAACCGGGAGAACAAAGCGGACCCCUUCACGCGCCAGAAGAAGGCGAUGAAGGACAAGGGCGUCCACUUCCCGGAGCACCUGCUGCCGAAGCUGCUGGUGCUGCAGACGGACAGCGCGAAGCCGAAGCUCGGGCUCUCGCAGGCCGAGUACGACGCCCUCGCCGGCUCCGUCACGCACAUCGUGCACAACGCGUGGCCCAUGAGCGUGAAGCGCGCGCUCCCCGGCUUCGAGCCGCAGUUCGGCGUCAUGCGCAACCUGCUCGACCUCGCGAGCGCCGUCGUCGCGCGCCGCCCCGCCUCCUUCCGCCUCGGGUUCCAGAUGAUCUCGUCGAUCAGCGUCGUGGGCAACUACGGGAACCGCGAGGAGGAGGAGGAGGAGAAGAAGAAGACGACGACGCUGGUGCCCGAGGACCGGGUGGGCGUGGAGGCGCUGCUGCCGGUCGGGUACGCGGACGCGAAGUGGGGGUGCGAGCGGAUGCUGGACGCGACGCUGCACCGGCACCCGGCGCACUUCCGGGCGAUGACGGUGCGGCUGGGGCAGAUCGCGGGCUCGAGCGUCAGCGGGUACUGGAACCCGAUGGAGCACUUCGGCUUCCUGAUCAAGUCGUCGCAGACGCUCGGCGCCCUGCCCGACGUCGACGGCACCGUCUACUGGACGCCCGUCAACGAGAUCGCCGGCACGCUGGGGGACCUGGUGCUGCCGCGGCACGACAAGCAGCACUACCACUUCUACCACAUCGAGAACCCCGUCGGCCAGCCCUGGAGCCAGAUGAACCGCAUCCUGGCGGACGCGCUGGGGAUCAAGGAGCUGAUUCCCCUGAAGGAGUGGUCCCAGCGUGUGAGGGAUGCGCCGCAGAGGAAUAACCCGGCUGCGGCGCUCGUCGACUUCCUCGAUAGCAAUUACCUCCGCAUGUCGUGUGGCGGGCUGGUGCUGGAACCCAAGAACACGCUCGAGCACUCGCAGACCUUGUCUGCGGUGGGCCCGGUGAGCGAGGAGGUGGUCAGGAAGUACAUCUAUGUGUGGAAGGAGAUUGGAUUCUUGAACAAAUAGUUUACCUAACUUGUAGGGGUUAUAAUACUUACGAAUGUAGGAACUUGGUGGAGAUUGUAAGUUUUAAACAUUGUUGGCUGGUUUCUUGGUUACGGUUAGAAUCAUCUGGAUAGAGGGCAUAAAUUGUAGUUUUAUUUUUUGGCAUAGUCGAGGUUAGGUAGUUUGCUUUAUUUCAUUGCAUAUUCGUUCAUGAUAUGACUUUCAUUGACUUUUAUCAAUAAUCAUUUUCCUAGCAUAGUUCAAUAAGAUGUGA